CGGCAGCGCAUCGAGGCCGUCCGUUGCCGCGGCAAGCGGCCCGGAUCCUCCUCAGCCCCCGGCCAACCCAAACACACCGACGCCACCACCGGCCACCGCACCCCCGAAAUUUCCCCAAUCCCCAUCACAUGCGGCGAGAGCGCAACUGCGCAAGCAUAAACUCCUCAGAUGCGUCCCUUCCCCGCGGCAGAUCGGAGCAGCCUCUCGGCGAGCGCUGCCGCUAGCUUCGCUCGCUCGCUCACCCACCAGAUCCCCCCCCGGCUCCCCGCCGCGCUCAAUUCCGCUCCGCCGCCGCGCGAUCGAUUCGCUCUUGCUCCCCAGCACAAGCGCGCGGAUCGGCGGCCGCCGGACCCGCGGGGGAGCGGGCCUGCUCGCGCGCCGCGAAUGGCCGCGCUCGACGGCUGCGCGCGGCGCGGAUCGUGGAGGUGCCGCCGCCGACGGGGCCGGCGGCGAGCGGCGGAGCAGGCGAGGCGAGAUUGGGUGAGGGGCUGGGACGGCGUGUCCGGCCCGGUCUGCCCCUGGGAGUUGGCGUGAAUCACGGUGCCUGCCAUCGGCUCCGGAUCCUGGCCGUUGAUCGGGGGGCUGGUAUUCCCGUGAAUCCCGCGGCUGCCCGGGGGCAGAGAUGGCAAACCCGGGCGGGCCAGGUAGGAAGCUUUGUUUGGUGUUUGUUGCUUGCGCUGCUGGUUGCCAAUCUCACUUAUCCUUCCACCUCCUUUUUUUUUUUGCCCCCCGAAUAUAUAAAAAAAUCGGUUGUUAUUUAAUGGCGAAAUCCCGGAAAUUGAUUUCUUUUUUCCUUCCCUCUCUCCGGGGGGCCGCGGGCGGACGUGAGGGGCGCGCAUCAAAUCGGAUUCAGGGCCGGGCGCGUCCGCUUUAUCGGCUCACGUUGGCAGGGCCUCCGUUUCCCCUCCCCCUUUCCUUCUCUUCCCUCCCGUCCCACCUCUCCCUCCUCCUGCUACCUCUCGCCCACCUCCCGCCCGCCCCCCUGCCCCAGCCACCGCCGCCUCUUCCUCCACGCAGGCGCAGAUCAGCGCGUGCCCGCCCCGGACGAGCCCGCCUCCCCGUGCCCCGGCCCUGAGCGCCGUAAGGGAGCGUCUGCCCGCGCCUCUCCGGCGCUUCGCAUCGCCUUUUCCGCCGCUUGCUCGCCGGCGGGCGGUGGGCGACGGACUGCUGCCCCGCCCACGCCGUCUCCGCGUGUUCUGAAGGGCUGGACGCCCUUGCCCUUCCAAAACCGGCGCCGCCUCCGCUGGGAACCGUGAGUUGUGUUCGACGGGUAGAAGGUUGGAGGCUUCACAGAGUUGGCUUUGCCGCGCGUAUGUGAUUCGCGGCGGCGGCCGGAGCUGGGUACAGGCGCCGCUGGUACGACGACGACGACGACGGCGCCGUGGAUGCCUCCGCCGCCACCGGAUCGGAGGGACUAUCUGUACAGGGAGGGCCGCAGGCACGACGGCGGCGGCGCGGGCGACCCGCUCCUGCCGCCCGCCCCCACGCCACCGCGCUGGCGGGACUCGCCGUACCACCCGCCGCCGCCACCGCCCCUGCGGGACCACGCGCGGCCCUCGCCCCGUCGGGCGCCGUCGUCGGCCUCCUCAGAAGGUUACUACCGACAGGGCGGUGGCGCGUACGACCGCUCCUACCCUGAUGAGCCGCCGCUAGGCUACACGCCCUCGCGCUCAGACCGGUACUGGGUGGAAGACGACGGCGGGGGAUACAAGAGCUUCGGCCGGUAUGGUGGUGGAGGCGGCGGCCGGAGGGACGGCCGUGAGGUGAGGGGUUCUUACCGAAGGUCCCCGUUCAGGGGCUAUGGAAGUGACUUCUCCAGAAACCAUCCGGAGCAGCCCCCUCCGCCACCGCCGAGGAGGUCUCCGUUGAGGUCAGUCGCUGUUCCGAUCUGCUAUGACCCUCCGGGCAAUAGAGUUGACAGGGGGGAUAGGGACAACCUCCCACGGGUGACACCAUGGCGGAGGAGGGAGAGCAGAUCUGAGGCUGCGGAUGCCGCUGGGGCUGGACCUGUGUCUCUUGGCCAGACCACUCGACCGGCCUCCUCAGAAAAGGAGGCUUCAGCUCAGCCUCCAGCUGGUUCAGCUCCUCUUGGAACUGAGGAUGAGGCGCCAAGGAAGAAGGCUCGACUUGGAUGGGGGCAAGGUUUGGCCAAGUAUGAGAAGCAGAAGGUGCACGGCCCUGCAGAUCCUGCUGAAGCUGUUGCUGAUGGGAGCCCAGCUGAGGCUGAACAGAAGACUGCUUUUCCUGUGCCUGUGCUGCCUGCACCUCCUGCUUCUGCGCCUGCACCUGAGCCUCCUGCUGCACCUGCACCUCCGCCUCCUGCGGUGCCUGCACCUCCACCUCCUGCGGCGCCUGCACCUCUGCCUGAGCCUCCUGCAGAGCCUGUGCCUGAGCCACCAGCUGCGCCUGCACCUGUGCUGGUGCCGGUGCCUGCACCUGCGCCUGCCCCGGUGCCUGCACCUGCGCCUGCCCCGGUGCCUGCACCUGCGCCUGCCCCCGUGCCUGCACCUGCGUUUUGCACUUCUCCAGUUGAUACACCAUCAUCUGCACCACCAUAUUGUACCUCAGCACCUGAAGAUAAAUCAUGUGAACAGACGGGUACGGUCACCAACCCUACUAAAGAUGUCCCUGAAGCUGCUGAUAAAGCUGUCAACAAUGAGUUCUCCAUUAAUUUAGAUCAGCUGGGGGAUGAUCCUAUUAAUUCCCUUGCAAACAUGCUUGCUGACCUUCUUCAGCAUGAUGAUUCUUGCUCUGGGGAUUCAAAAGGUCCAACCAGUACAAGUAAGCUGCUGCUACUGAAGGAAAGCAUUUCCAAGGAGAUCGAAAAAACUGAAUUAGAGAUUGAUUUGUUGGAAGGUGAACUUAAAUCUGUGAAUACUGAGGCUGGAACAGCUGUUGAAGGUUCUCCCACAGGUGUCACUUAUGCAGAAAAUCUUUCACCUUCUAGUGGGACAUCAAAGGUCCCUGAAAGUGCUGAGAUCUCUCAAGCAUCUCAUGUGAUGAAAGAACCAGGGGAGCUCAUCCCUUCUCCCAAGCCACCUGUGGUGCAGGAUGCUGAUGUCAAAGGUGCUGAUAUGAUGGAAAUCGAGCCAGCUCCAGUUCGUAAUGCUAAAACACUUUCCUCAGAAGAGAGUGCUGUAUCUCCUGGAGUUGCAGAGGGUCCGGUCUGUGCUGCUGCUGAUCUUAGCCCAUUGAAAGCUUCUGAACGAGCUGGCUCUCAAAAUGAUAUGCACAAUGAUAGGUUGGAAACUUCUUCAUGCCAUGUUAAUGCUGAUUCCAUCAAAACAGAAAUCAGUGAUGACAUACCAGUGACGCAAUGCUCAGACCAUGAUCAUAAGUAUAGCUUAUUCGGUUCAGUUACAUCUGCCAAUAAUAAUAUAGCCAAAGUAAUGAAUGAAUCGCUAUUUAAAUCAUUGCCUGCUGAUACACCCCACCUUGAUUUAUUGGCAUCAAGUCAUCUUCUGAGCCAAAGGAAGAAUGACCAUCAUAUUAGAGAGAGGCUUGGGGUAUGUAAAAAUAGGCUGAGAUUGAAGGAGCAGAUUCUUACCUUAAAGUUCAAGGCAUAUCGUCACUUGUGGAAAGAGGAUCUGCGACUACUUUCUGCAAAGAAACAACGCCCAAAGUCUAACAAGCGCAUUGAUCAGAGCAACCGGACAUCACAUAUUGGAUCUCAGAGGCAACGCUCUUCCAACCGCUCACGAUUGGCCAUGCCUGCUGGUAAUUUAAGUACAUUCUCGACUCCAGAAAUGUCAGAUGUUGCAAGCAAGUUAUUUUCAGAAUUUCAGAUUAAGCGCUGCAGAAACUACUUGAAAAUGCCUGCCCUGAUUAUAGAUGAAAGAGAGAAGGAACGCUCGAGGUUUGUCAGCAAGAAUGGCUUCGUUGAUGACCCUGUUUUAGUAGAGAAGGAGCGGGUAAUGAUAAAUCCAUGGACACAAGAAGAAAAGGAAAUAUUUAUGGAGAUGUUUGCUAAAUUUGGUAAGGAUUUCUCCAAGAUCUCCAGUUUCCUUAUGCACAAAACUACUGCCGACUGUGUUGAGUUCUACUACAAGCAUCAUAAAUCAGACAGUUUCCGAGAAGUCAAGAAACUUUUGGACCUUCGUCAACAACAACCUGCUAGCAAUUUUCUGGGAGCAAAAUCUGGGAAGAAAUGGAAUCCCGAGGCGAAUGCUGCUUCUCUUGAUAUGCUAGGGGUAGCAUCAGUAGUAGCUGCCCAUGGCCUUGAAUAUGCAAACAGAGUGGAGAAAAUCUCUGCGAAAUCCCUCAUCCGGACUGCAUAUGGGUCCAAUGUUUCCUUUGCGGCCAAAAAAUCUUCUGACAUGGAAUGCAUUGACAAUGUACCUUUGCAUGAGAGAGAAUCUGUAGCUGCUGAUGUGUUAGCAGGGAUAUGUAGCACUCUCUCUCCUGAGGGAAUGGGCUCGUGCAUUACUAGUUCUGCUGAUCCUGGUCAGAAGAUUAGCAUGACAAGAAUGGAGCAUGGCUUAGCCCCUGAAAUUGACAGAAGCAUUGAUGAGGAAGAUACACUCUCAGAUCAAGAGUGUGAAGUUGAUCCAGUUGAUUGGAAUGAUGAUGAGAAGUCAGUUUUCAUCGAGGCUAUGAAUAACUAUGGAAAGGAUUUUGCUCGGAUUUCAUCAUGCGUGAAGAGCAAGUCGUAUGAACAGUGCAAAGUAUUCUUCAGCAAGGCUCGGAAAUCACUUGGUUUGGAUUUGAUCCAUCAAGGAGCAGCUGAUGUUAGUAUGCCAACUAGUGAUACAAAUGGAGGGCGGAGUGAUACUGAUGAGGCCUGCGCUGCUGAAAUGGAUUCAGCAAUCUGUAGCACACAGUCAUGUUCAGAAAUUGAGAAGGAUGUAUGUCCUACUGAAAAAGCCAUUGGAGGUAUAAUCACUAAGCAGCCAGAACUUAAUAUAUCAAAUGGGUUUGAUGUUGUAGAUGGUAAAACUGAGGAAGAUGAGAAGAAAGCUGAUAAAAAUUGCAGUAUUGUUGAUCAUGGAAGGUUCAAUGAAGAUACUCAUCAAGUAGCAUGUGGUACUAUUGACAUUAAUUGCCCAGAAAGCACAGAGAAACUGCAAGGAAAAGAUGAUGUCGUUGACCAAGUAAAUAUGCAAAACAAUAGUGCCAUCAGCUCCUCGCCUGAGCAAGCAAUGGCAGCGCACCCGGAAGUCAGAUCCAGUUUACAUUCUGUCGAGGUACUUCAUCAAACAAACAAAGCCCCUUUGGGUAGUGGCACUGAUGCUUCCCAGAUGGAAGAGUGUUCAAACCAAGCUCUUGAUAAUAAACUAAGGAAAGCUGGAAAUUCUGGUGCCUCAGCUUGCAUAGCUUCAGAUAUCUCUACUAAGGACAAUGUUCACUUUGCAAACAUGACUGGUGCUUCCACCAUUAGUCCUGCAUUUCCUCCAAGCUAUAAGCACUCUGUGCCAGCAGAUAUGCCUCCAACAAAACCAAAGCCACUGGUUACUCCCCUUACCCCAAAAGAUUUAAUGCCUGUGCAGUUCAGUUCUGCGGUUCCUGAUCCUACCGUGAUUUGUUUUGAUGGCAUAGCUUCAAUAACUAUGCCCAAUUUUGAUGACAGUGGCAACAGAGUCAGCAGUGCUUUAGGGGCCAAAGACAUGAGCAAGUACCCAGCUUUUAAAGACCCAACUGGUAAUCAGCAUGACGCAUUGUUUCGUAAUGUUGAUGGUUACACGAAUCAUCUGACAACUAAAUUACCAUUUUUUUCUGAAAGAACUGCAAGUGGCACUGUGAGUACUUCUCAGACUGAUCGGUUCACUCUAACAAAAUUCCAGAAUGGCAGGUCCAGCAGCUUGGGCCUUCCAAACACUUCUGAUGGGAUUCAAUGGGCCAGAAAACACGAAGAAGUACUGCAAGGCUCUUUGAGGUCAUGCUCUCACAAUACAAGCUCUGAGGGUGAUGAACAACAAAAGCGGCCUGGUGAUGUCAAGUUAUUUGGGAAGAUUCUCAGUCAUCAAUCAUCCUUGCAAAGUCCUGUCCCACCAUGUAAUGGUAACAAGAGCAAGCCUCCCUCGCCAAAGAUUGACAUAUCAUCUGUGAGAUCGUUGAACAAUCCACGGGAUCGUGUGGUUUGUUCUUCCAGGCCAGGCAUCACUCAUUUAGGUCUGGAGGAAAGAACAGCUAAGAGCUAUGGUCAUUUGGAUGGAAGCACAACACAGCCUGAGCCGCUGCUCAUGAUGGCGAAGUGCCAGAGCUUAGCCGGUGUACCGUUUUACUCGGCUAAAAAUGGCACGGUUGGUGUGUUUUCGGACUAUCAACAGCCUUCCAUUCAGCCGCAUCAAUCAGAUCCAAAACGGCUGGAGAGGUUUUCUGACCCUCAGAAGCGCAAUGGGGUGGAAUUCAUCUCAGGUUUCCAGCAGCCUAGUAAAAUCUCACGUUUUGGGGGUGCUGGUAUCCUUGUUAGUGGUGUCUCAGACCCUGUGGCUGCUCUCAAGGCGCAGUAUGGUCCCGGUUCUAAGGUUAUGGGCAGUGACGUGGAUCCUUGGAAGGACAUAGGCAGCAGGUAGCAUUGGUAGUGGUAGCAGCUUUAGUGCAUGUUUUGUUGCCCCUUUGUAUCAUAUUUAGUUUUUGUAACUUAAUGAAAUGAAACAAGGGAAAGUGAAUGGCUUUCCUGUCCAUACUAUUUGUAGGCUUUCAGUAGCUGUUGGGUUAUGUUAUGUACUUGGCAUUAACAUCUCUACCUUUUCUGCAGCUCCAUACCCUUUGCUAGCUUGACCUGUCAACAGUGGCACAGCGCUGUAGGUUCGCUAGAAGUGCUGUCCGCAGGCUGACUAUAUAUGUUUGUCGGUAGGGUUUUAUUUUGUCAGUUUAUGCAGAAACCUCACAGAUCAUUGUAAUAUGGUAAUGCCUAAUUCGGUAUGCUAGUCUGAUGGAGUUUUGGUUGAAA